UUUCUGUUCUUACUUUGCCAGCAGCAUUCAGCAGUACUUCAAAUAUCAAAAUAAGAGUCCCUUGUCUUUGCGUGCUUAACCAAAGCAAGCGUACGAGUGGAGGCCAGGCUUUGAGGCUUUUAGUUUCGAGAAGACCCACCGGGAAUGAUACCAAUGCUUCAAGUGUUGCAGUUUUGACGGUCUUCGCAUUUACCACCAUAUUGCGUUUAACCAGCUUUCUGACUUCCAAUGCUAGAGCCUGUAUUUGAAUGAAGCGUACUACCUUGGAAUGAUUGUCUUAAAAAAAAAUACCCUUUACACUUUUAAUUGCAGUUAAAGUCACAGUUUAAUUUUACUGUACAGCUACACGUUGUAGCGAGCUAGCGGAAAGAUGACGACGAGGUCAGAGAGAGAAAAAGCACAGAAAUUGAAUGAGCAGCAUCAGGCCAUUCUCUCAAAAAUGCUUCGAGAAGAUGACAACAAGUAUUGCGCUGACUGUGAAGCCAAAGGGCCCCGCUGGGCAUCCUGGAACUUGGGCGUGUUCAUGUGCAUCCGCUGUGCCGGCAUCCAUCGCAAUCUGGGGGUCCACAUCUCACGGGUGAAAUCUGUCAAUCUGGACCAGUGGACCCCCGAACAGAUCCAGAGUGUAGUGGACAUGGGGAACAGCAGGGCCAGACAGCUGUAUGAAGCACACCUACCUGAAAACUUCAAACGGCCACAAACUGACCAAGCCGUGGAGUUCUUCAUCCGGGAUAAGUACGAGAGGAAAUACUACGAAAAGAACGGCUCUGAGCCCAGCCUUAAGUCCUGCGAGGCCGCCCUCUCCUCCCCCUCCUCCCAGGCUUCUGAGAAGAGUGGACAGGAGAAGGAACGAGAGAAGAAGGAGAGAGAGAAGAAGAGAGAGAAGGAGAGAGAGAAGGAGAGGCCGAACUCUUCUGACAAGAAGAGAGAGGAGCUGCUGGACUCCAGAGGCAGUCCCAAGAGGAGCGGGGAGCCGGCCAUCGACCUGCUGGGCCUGGAUGCACCUGUAGGUGGAGCUGCAGCCAGUGGGAGUGGCUCCAGCAGUGGACCAAUCAGCGACGACCUGGACAUUUUUGGACCAAUGGUGUCCAACCCUCUACCCUCCUCUAAUCAUCCCCAGACUGGCUCCAUCAGCCCAGCCCCAGCCUCAGCCCCAGCCUCAGCCCCAGCCUCAGGAGCCUCAUCAGGGGGCCCCGUGGGUCCCCCGGCCCCACAGGGAGAGGUGGACCUCUUCGGCCAGAGCCCAGCCCCCACGCCCCCCACCUCCUCCAGUAAGACUGAGGAGGGUGGGGCCAAGAAGCCCCUGUCCAAGGACUCCAUCCUCUCCCUCUACAGCAGCAGCACUGUCAACACACACCAGACUGGUCAAGCUGCUGUGAACAUGGGCCAGCCUCACAUGCAGUUCAACGCCCAGGCCACGCCCCCCUACCAAUCCUACCCCGGUGUGGGCGGAGUCAUGCCCCCCGCCACCAUCAUGGGAGGAGUCAUGGGGCCGGGAGGAGGAGGAGCCAUGAUGGGGCAGAACUCGGGAAUGAUGGUCGGCAUGGCGAUGCCCAACGGCUACAUGGGCGUGCAGCAAGGCAUGAUGGGACACCAGGGUGGAGCCAUGCAGCAGGGGGCGGGGCCAGCCCAGUUCUCCAUGCAACAGCAACAGCAGUGGGGUGUGAAUCAGAUGACCCCGCAGAUGGCAGGAAUGACCAUGAGUGGCGUGGGGGCAGGGCCAGGAGGCUUCAGCCAAUCAGGAGCGCCCGUGGGGGGGUGGGCCGGCCCCCCGUCAGGCCAGACCCUCAGCACCCAGCUGUGGAAGUGAGGGGGGGGAGGGGGGAGGAGUGGGGAAGAAGACCUGCCCUCCGCAGUACAACGCGCAGGAGGCAAAUCGUAGACUACUCCACUAGCCCCGCCCCUCCCUUCUGUCAUCCCUCUGAAGCCCCACCCAUCUGUUAUCUCUUCAGUGAUUGGUGGAGGAGAAGGGGGUGGGGUUUGCUGGCAGCUCUUGUGUCUCUCUGAUGUUGGUUUGGGUUACACUCUUACUCUUUUGAUUCCUUUUAACUGUUGUUGUUGCUGUAAAAAAUUAAAAAAAGACAUAUCGGGGAGAGAAAGCUGCUGGACUAUUAAUACGAGGCGUUGUACGAUAUAUCGUUUACAAAAUCCAUAGUUGGGUAGUUAAAUGGCAGAUGUGGGUAUUUUGUUGGUGCUCCCACUCAGAGCCCCCCCCCCAGUCCUCCAGGCCUGACCUGUGUGAAGCAAUGAUCCUCCCCCUCCCCCACCCCCACCCCCUCCCCCUCUCUUGAGGGUAGUCGUAGAAGAUCAGUACUGUAUAGAUGUUCCCCCACUCAGCGAGCCAUAAGAACAGAGAGUUUGGCCAUAGCUGGUUCUAUUCAGAGGUGUAAUCUGUCCUGUUAUAUAUCUGUCCCGUCGCAUCAUCCCAGGGCCCUACUCCUAGCCCUCUACAGCUCUGGGCUGGGAGAGUUAAAGAGGUCAGAAAGAUAUUCCUCCCCGGGUCUGUUUCUAUCCAGCAUGUCUGGCCUGUCGCGUGUGUUCUCCAGCACACACGGCAGCUAAGACACAGCGCCUGGGCUGGUUUUCCCGGACCCUCAUAAGGCCUCUCCGUUGGUCCAAUAGGUUUAGAGUUAGGACAUGAACGCAGAUCUUCAACUGACCAAUAGAUGGGAGGCCAUGUGGCGCCUUCAUGUUGGCCAAACUCUCUGGGUGACCCCUGACCCCUCUCCCCCUCUGUGGGUGACCUCUGACCUCUGCCCCCUCCUUGCUGUCAUCCGCCAUCUUACAGUGGUGUUGGUUGUGUGCAGUUCAAAGAAGCACAGUUAGUCUGAGACAAAUAAACCUGGACGACCAAUCAGCUUCUAGCCUAGAAAGGGCGGGCCCUGGAGAAGAUAAGGGGAUUGGACGGUGAGGUCAUUGUCAGGAUGCCACAAGAAGUCUGUCGACGCUGUGAGCCGUUCGGAGCUCUCAGUGGAUGGACCUGAAGAAAGACUUCCUGGAUCGAUGGGUUCAGGUUUUACUUCCUGGUUUUGAGGAUGACCUCAUGAUGUCUGAUCCUCUUACAUCUCAUUUUAUAGGGAGAGUAGGGAAUACAGAGAU